AGACUUUCAGCUCAGCACAGUUUGUGCUGAAGGAAUGGAGGAGUGAGUGACUACAGAGAAGGCGUUGUGUCUCCUCUCUGGACCCUGUGAUCGGUGAGACAUGUCCGGCCUUCAGGAUCUUAAAGAUCUAUUCAAACAGCAGCUCCUCGCUGGACCAACAUCCGGGUACGAAGAGGAUCUGCACCGCCAGAGGAAACUGCUGGUUGUGAUUUUAACACCUGGAUCAACCCGGAGAGGUGCAGUGUUUCCUGCAGACGUCCAGCAGCUCUCAGGGAUUAAAGAAGAGCCUCCCGAGCAGCAGGAGUGGAGCCUGGAGGACGCUAAGCUUCCUCACAUCAAAGAGGGAAGAGGAGGAACUCAUGGAGCAGUCAGGAGGGGAGAGCAGCUUCAAGGACUGGAGGAGGAAGAUGUCACCAAGUUCACAUUUACUACUGUUUCUGUGAAGAGUGAAGAUGAAGAAGAAGAAGAAGAAGAAGAAGAAGAACCACAGUCCUCACUGGUUCAUCAGGGACAAACUGAACAGAUGGAAACAGACGCUGAUGGAGAGGACUGUGAGGAAGCAGAACCAGAAAGACAUUUACAACCAGAGACUGAGGUCAAGACCGAGGACUCAUAUGAACCUGAGACAAAAGUGUGUCAGCCAGAGAUCAUCAACACUCUGGAAGACACUGAACAGAUGAGACUAAAGAUGAUGAAGAAGUCACACAGCUGCUCUCAGUGCGGUAAAACAUUCAAAAGAAACUGGCAUCUAACCGAACACAUGAUGAUUCACACGGGAGAGAAACCCUUCAGCUGCUCCAUAUGUGGUAAAAGAUUUACCCGAAAGUACCCUCUGACCCAACAUGUGAUGAUUCACACCAAAGAGAAACCAUAUCGUUGCUCCGAGUGUGGGAAAAGGUUUAACACUAAAAGAAGCAUGAAGAGGCACAGGUUGGUUCACGGCGGGGGGAAAGGAUUCAGCUGCUUGGAGGGUGCAAGAAAAUCCAGGCAUGGAAGAAAUAAAAGCAGCCACAUGGAAACCGAACAAGAAGAGAAAUCUGAUUAUGACGCAGAGAGUAUACAAACUUUAACAGGUGAAAUCCAAACUCAACCAGGAGAGCAAUCUGCGAGCUUGUUUGAUCACAGCACAGCUAGUACAAAAGCUACGAGCAGUGACGCCCAAAGUCAGACAGAAGAGAAACCAUUUGGCUGCUCUGAGUGUGGGACGAGAUUUACCCAAAAGAGAAGUCUGACCAGACACAUGGCGACUCACACCGGAGAGAAACCAUUCAGCUGCUCCAUGUGUGGGAGAAGGUUUGCCCGAAAGGGAAAUAUGACCACACAUAUGAUCAUUCACACAGGAGAGACACCAUUCAGCUGCUCCAAGUGUGGGAAAAAGUUUAAUUCCAGAGGGAGCAUGAAUAAUCAUCGGUUAGUUCAGUGUGGGGAGAAAGCAAUAAGCAGCUCUGAGUGUGAUGUAGGAUCUGAUGGAAGCAGUAACAUGCAAACACACACAGGAGAGAACCCCGUUAGCUUCUCUGAGUAUAGCAGUGCUACAAAUGUGAUCAGGUCAAACGCGAAGUCCCACAGAAGAGAAACCCUUCAGCUGCUCCGAGUGCGGCGAAGGAUUCACCCAAAGAGGAACUCUGAACAGGACACAUGAUACUCCACACAGGAGAGAAACCCUUCUGCUGCUCUACGUGUGGGAAAGGCUUCACCCAGAAAGGAAAUCUGACCAAGCACAUGAUCGUUCACACGGGAGAGAAACCGUUCAGUCUGCUCGGUUGUGCGGGAAAAGAUUCACACAGAAGAAGUACGUGACCAAACACAUGGCACAUCACAGAGGAGAGAAACCCUUCAUCAUCGAGAGUACGGGAGCGUGGGGCUGCUGAGGCAAAGCAGCUAGUUUGGUAAAUUCAGGAUGUCGAUGAUGUCAUAGGAUUAAUCACUGAACUGAUUGGAAAACCAUUGAGAGUAAUAAAUAUAAAUAUAAUAUUUUAAGCGUAUUCAUAAAACAAUUCGUAUUAAAGGUGACAUAUCAUGCAAAAUGGACUUUUUAAUGGUUCUCUCCCUGAAAUCUGUGUCCCUGGUCUACAAACCCCCCUGAGAAUGAAAAGAAUCCAUUCUGCCCCUGUUCUGAUUUCUCCACCUUUCUGUAAAUGUGUGCUGAAACCAGCCGUUUCAGUUUUCAGUGUUUUUCAUACGUCACAACGCCAUCCGGUCUGUAACAGGAAGUCAGAGCUCGGAGCCUGUUCAGCCCAUAGACUGUAUAAAAUACAACUCACCCCUCCUCAGUUUUUCAUUCCCUGCACACUGUGUGCUAACAAGGAGCUUAGGAGGGAGGCAUGCUAGUUGUAGGCUGUCUUAAUAAACACAAAGGUCGGUUUGAACUCCCCACGUCUGCAGAUUUGAAGAUCUAGUGAUGAUUUUUAGUUUUCAUGGAAAAGUGCUAGCGCUAGUUAGCAUAGGCCACAUAGCUACAUGUUGGUAGCUGUGUACCAAGACACACGUCGACAUGCGGACAAAUAAAACAACAAGAAACACUAAAUCUGUGACCAGUGGUUCAGAAAGGUCCUGCUGCAGGCGCCUCUCCGUCAGGAUCAGAUUCUGGAUCAGAUUCAGAGGGUUGAAGUAACGCGGGUCUGUGAGCAGCCGUGUAUAUUCAGCCAACAUGUAAACAUUAGAUCAACGUGCUGGAGAGCCGAGGGCGCAUCCACUUCCUGAGGGGGGCGUGGUCAGAGAGCUCAUUCUCAUUUAAAGGCACAGACACAGAAAACAGCCUGUUCUGAGCAGGGCUGAAAAAGAGGGGUUUACAGGCAGACCAAAAUCUGAUUUCAAAGUGUUUUUUUGAGCAUAAACUUUAAAGACAUGUUUUGGGGACCUCUUAGACCAAUAUAGGUGAUGAAAAAGAGCGUAAUAUGUCACCUUUAAUGAGUUUGGUGAAGGGCCAAGGCGGGCAUUUAAUCGGGGUGUGUGAUAUUGACAAAAAAUAAUAUCUCAAUAUUUUGGGUGAUUUUUCCGAUAACAAUAAUUGAUGAUUUUUAAAUUCGUCAAAAAAUGUGCGUAAAAAAAAAUCAAAAAGCAUAAUUGUGUUUGUAAAAAGUCUAGAAAAUUAAAGGUUUGUAAUAAAAACUAAUUAAAACAACUUAUCUAAUUAAAUAGGACCACAUGGCAGUGCACUUUAUACUGUAGAUUCUGACGGCAUUACCUUAUUUAUUAUUUUUUACUUUACAUGAUGUCAUCUAUCAAUUAUUAUUAUUAUUAUCACAAUAGUUGUUACAUUAAAUGUGCUCCAACUUAUUCAGGAAUGUUCACAAAAUAAUUGAUUUCCUCAUUUUAUUUUUCUUUCAAUUCUGUCUCAUUUUUUUGAGCACCUUUCUUACAUAAUAACUUGAUAAUGUAAGAAAACAUGUUUUCCAGACGGUUUCAGCGUCCCUGUAAAGAAGUUUGAAAUGCACCGGCCACUUUCAAAUCCCAACUCUGCACACACUUCGGCUUUUGAAACAUUAAAAAUGUGGAACAAGAUUUACCUUAAAGAGUGAUCACUGGGAUUCACGUGGAGGAGAAACUUGUACGCUGCUCUGAGAGUGGGAAAAGAUUUACAAAGAGAGGACUGUGGGGAAUCAAAACAAUCCAGGGACUCAGUUUCAGAGAGACUGAGGUGAAGACUGAGAACUCAUCGAAUGUCCCUCUGCCUGUGGCUUCAAUCACGGAAGUACAGUUGGGAUGGACUCUUCCCACCGGCCCAAAGGGAUCAGAUGUCGGUCAACAGUCUUGGAAAAACUCCAAUGUUGUUCCUGAAUUUAACAAUUCAACUCUUCAAACUCUGAAGUAAAGCCGGGGAUCAAUGUGAACUGAAUAUAUAAUCAACAUGAGUGUUCGUCAUGUGAUCAUGUCUAAUGUGAUGUGACUGUUCUCGAUCGAGAACUCACUUUUCAUGGAUGUGUGAUAAAACUUGAUUUCUUUAACCUGA